UCCUCUUCCCUGCCCCGUGGUGCUCCUUCGUUCCCCUUUAUUCUUCUCAUCGCACAACAUCGACGCUGCUUCAAGUUCUCGACCCAAACGUUCAUCUUGACUUCUGCUCUCUCAUUCCCGCUGGCCCUCGCUUUUUCGUCUGCGCUGAAGGUUGAAGGGCUUACUUUUAUCCUCUCAUCUCCUCCUGCUUAUCGGCUGACUUCUAAAAGGGGUUUCAGAUUUUGAUGUGUGGGUAACCAGACACCUCUCAGAUGGCAACUUGUGUUCGUGCAAGUCCCUCCAGACCUUGUUUUCAUGUCUCAUAUACAUCUCAAUCACACCAAAAACCUCGGAUGCUCCCUGUCUUACCAGUUGGUGUUAAGCGUUUCCCUACAUUAUCUGUAAAAAUUGCUCCAGUAUUCCUCCCAUAUGGACUUGUAUUGAAACACCAACAACAGGAAACUGCACUGAAGUACAAGCAACUGACACCUGUUUGCUUGCUUGGUGGCAAAGAUAAGUCUGAAAGGGACAGUGGGGGUUCUCCAUGGAAUCCCUUUGAGAAGGUCAUGGGAAAUUUUAAGGGACAGUCAGUAGAAGAUAUGUUGCGGCAGCAGAUUGAAAAACAAGAAUUUUAUGAUGGAGGAAGUGGGAAAAAUCCACCUCGUGGUGGUGGUGGUGGAAGUGGGGAUGGCUUUGGAGGAUCUGAUGAUGAAGGCCUUGCAGGAAUCAUGGAUGAAACACUGCAAGUAAUCUUAGCUACCAUGGGCUUUAUUUUGCUGUAUAUUUACAUCCUUACUGGGGAGGAAAUGACUCGACUUGGGAAAGACUUCAUCAAGUUUCUUUUUGGAGGAAGCAAGAGUGUUCGUCUGACGAAAGUAAUGGACAAGUGGAAAAGUUUCUUCGUGCCUCCGAAGGAGGAGGAGGAGAUUGACAGAUUUUGGCUGGAAAAGGAGAUCAUCAAUACCCCAACAGUGUAUGACAGCCCCGAAAAAUUCAGGCGACUCUACAGGCCCUCGAUAAUUGCAAAUGCGAUUUCAAAUGCGACUUCAAAUGCGACUUCAAAUGCAUCAGAUGAGUGAUUUCACUCCUGCUAUUUCAGCAAAAUGGUAUGCGGUGAAGCAAAUUUAGGACGCAAAGGAUUUUGAUGUAGCAGUUUUGUAUAGCAUUUGGAAUAUUAACUUAAUUGUUGGGCUGGUGAUCAAAUUUCUGUGGGUUUUGAUAGGACAACUUUUUUGAAAUAAACCAUUACGCGUAGUCCUUGGUGAUAAUUUAUCCUUUGAUGGUUUUAUUAAUACAAGGACUCCUUUUUGUUGACAA